UAAUAUAGUAGAAUAUUGAAUUGUUUUAUACAUAUUUUAUUAGUUGUGAAACGAUGUUGUAAACGUCUUGUAUAAUAUUUCAGUUUAUGCCAUUAUCGUAUUCUGAAUAAUUACGAUAUAGGUAUAUUAUAAUAUUUUGAAUUUUCAGUAUUUUUCAGUUAAUAAUGUAAUAUUAUGGAAAUUAAUUGAUACCACUUUCGUUUUGGUCCUCCUGACCACGGCGACUCGUCGUACAACUUUUCAAGUUUCAACUACAGAUCGUAGUGCGACAUCAAAAAUAAUAAUAAAUAAUAAUAAUUAUUAUUAUUAUUAUAGACCAUCAGACCACUAUCAACAAUGCUAUCAUAGAAUAUUCAAUAUUGUUGGAUACCACGGAUUUGGCACUAUAGGAUUGUAACGAUGACUCAUGACGUCGUACCGGCGGCGAUUGUAACAGCCAACAACGCCGAUUACCGUGCGCGAUUCAGAUCGGACUAGUUGGCAAAAAUGGAUUUCAAACGAAAAACACGUCAGCGAAAGUCUGUCGUAUGACGUCGCUUGUGCGAGCCGCGGCCACAGCGUGCGACUAACCGGCGCCCGCGACACCACCGGUAGUAGGCAGGUAGUAUGGCCCGCGUCGCUGACCGCCUGGCCGUCGUCUGACCGACCGACCGACCACCAACGUAGCUGCGUCCCAUCGCAUCGCCCGCCCGCCGAUGUUGGCAGGCGGCUACGACAUGGCGUGGCCACUGUUCGUCCUGCUCCUGUGCGCCAACGCGCUGCUGUGCAGGUGCCUGGACAAGGAGGACGUGAUUUUCGCCGUCAACGCCGGCGGCGACGCGCACGUCGACAGCUACGGCAUACUGUACCAGAGGGACUUCAACCGAAUCGGCACGGAAUCUGACUACGGCAAGAAGCUGUCCAUACAGCGGGUCAAGCCCCAUGACCAGAUCCUGUACCAGACCGAGAGGUAUUCGCAAACCACCUUUGGUUACGACAUACCCGUCAUGCAGGACGGCGACUAUGUGAUGGUGCUCAAGUUCAGCGAGGUGUACUUCACCAACAGCGGCUUAAAGGUGUUUGAUGUUGUUUUGAACGGUCAACACGUAGUGGUACCGCUGUUGGACAUCUACGACAAAGUCGGAUUUGGUUCCGCUCAUGACGAGUACAUUGAAUUUACGGUAGACGGCACAACGUUAUAUUGGAGAGGAGAGAUAUCAGAAAUCAAAGGAAAUCUCGUUCGAGUGGAUUUUAUAAAAGGUGAAAGAGAUAACCCUAAAGUAAAUGCAGUACUUGUAGCCAAAGGCCGGAUUUCAGAUAUACCAAGAUUACCCGAUUUAUACUCUGAUAUCGAACCACAACCACAUGAUGAGGUAGAUGUGGAAGAAGACCCAUCUGUCAGUGACAGCAAAGAUCCUGUAAAGAUGGUACAACACACUAGAAAUCCUAGUGGACCUAGAGCACCAGAUCCACAAGAUGUAAAUUCCAUGAAGUUAAUGCCAAUAUUUGGCGCUCUGAUUGCUUUUUUUGGAGCACUUCUUCUACUUUGCAGACUAUGAAGUAUUACAUAAUAAAUAAUAUAUUUUUACUAUUC